CUUCGCUAGGGACUGAUCCCUCCUGUUAACAUGUCCAAAGUAUGUGAGAUGUAGUCUCGCCAUCCUUCUAAGGAGCAUUCUGGCUGUACACUUUCCAAAGUUAAAGAUAACAAGAUAUAAAGCAGGUGUUACAUGAAAGACAGUUGGGAAAGUUGUUAUAUUGAUUGUUUCUCUAGUGAAAACAUUCUUUGUAAUCAUUUCUAAAUCUUAUUCAUGAUGGCGUAUUUACGAGGGAUUAUAAAAUACUCUGCCAGUGUAUCUACUCCUUUGUAGAUAAAAUACCUUGCACACAUGUACAAAUGUAAAUACAAAGUGAAGAAGGAAGCAACUAUUUUAAAGGUGAUUCUGAGCCCAAGUGCCCCUGUUUGCUUCUGUGAGGUAUAUAACAGUGAGCUUAUAGUAUAGGCUUGAAUAGCUGUGAAUAAAAUUGUUAAUUUGAGGGAGGAAGGGAAGUGGUUAUAAAUUUUAAGGUACUGUUUCAAAAGCAUAUGAAUUUUCAUUGCAACGUAUAACAGUGUUUCUAUUCUUUCCUAUUCUUCUAACUUCUUUGUUUGCAUUAGGAGGCACUAUCUUAGCAGAGCUUUAUCAUGCUCUUUCUACAGACUGCUGUCUUUUCAAUGUCUUAUGUUCUAGAAGGUCUGAUUUCUUCUCUCAUUGAGGGCAAGAGAAAGGGAGAAUGAAUAGUAUUUCAUCUUUCACUAUGUAUCUUCAUUAUGCAGCCGUGUAGUCGGAGGCCUUUGUGCAUGAAGACAGAUUUGUUCUAUGGCCUCGGAGUUGGGUGCCAGGGACGAUGGCAGCUGCAGUGAACUGGCAAAGCCCCUCUAUCUUCAGUACCUGGAGAGGGCUCUCCGGUUGGACCAUUUCCUGCGACAAACAUCGGCCAUCUUCAACAGGAAUAUUUCUAGUGAUGACAGUGAAGAUGGACUGGAUGACAACAAUCCUUUACUGCCCCAGUCUGGGGAUCCCUUAAUACAAGUUAAGGAAGAACCUCCAAAUUCAUUGCUUGGUGAAACUUCUGGAGCAAGCAAUUCUGGAAUGUUAAACACGUACUCACUGAAUGGAGUUCUACAGUCAGAAUCAAAAUCUGACAAAGGGAAUUUAUAUAACUUCUCUAAGUUGAAGAAAAGCAGAAAAUGGUUAAAGAGCAUUCUGCUAAGUGAUGAGUCCAGUGAAGCAGAUUCUCAGAGUGAAGACAACGAUGAAGACGAGGAAGAAGAACUCCAUCUCAGCCGGGAAGAGCUCCACGACAUGCUGCGACUGCACAGAUACCGGAAGCUCCACCAGAAUAAGUGCAGUAAGGACAAGGAGUUGCAGCAGUACCAGUACUACAGUGCAGGCCUGCUCUCUACGUAUGACCCUUUCUAUGAGCAACAACGGCACCUGCUGGGACCCAGAAAAAAGAAAUUCAAGGAGGAAAAGAAACUUAAAGCCAAGUUAAAAAAAGUGAAGAAAAAAAGACGAAGGGAUGAAGAACUUUCCUCUGAAGAAUCCCCUCGUCGCCACCACCAGACCAAAGUCUUUGCCAAGUUCUCUCAUGAUGCACCUCCCCCUGGCACCAAGAAGAAGCAUUUAUCCAUUGAGCAGCUUAAUGCUCGGCGCAGGAAAGUCUGGCUCAGCAUUGUGAAGAAGGAGCUACCAAAGGCCAACAAGCAGAAAGCUUCAGCUCAUAACCUGUUUCUCACCAAUAGCCGGAAGCUUGCCCACCAGUGUAUGAAGGAGGUGCGUCGCGCUGCCUUGCAGGCCCAGAAGAACUGUAAGGAGACCUUGCCUCGUGCCCGCCGCCUCACCAAGGAGAUGCUUCUGUAUUGGAAGAAGUACGAGAAGGUGGAGAAGGAGCACCGCAAGCGGGCAGAGAAAGAAGCUUUGGAGCAGCGGAAGUUGGAUGAGGAAAUGAGGGAGGCCAAGAGACAACAGCGAAAAUUGAACUUCUUAAUCACCCAGACGGAGUUGUAUGCCCAUUUCAUGAGUCGCAAACGAGACAUGGGUCAUGAUGGGAUCCAGGAAGAAAUCCUAAGAAAACUGGAAGACAGUUCUACUCAGAGACAAAUUGACAUUGGUGGAGGUGUGGUAGUUAACAUCACACAAGAGGAUUAUGAUAGUAACCAUUUCAAGGCCCAGGCGCUGAAGAAUGCUGAAAACGCUUACCAUAUCCACCAAGCUCGGACGCGAUCAUUUGAUGAAGAUGCAAAAGAAAGCCGAGCAGCUGCACUACGGGCAGCAAACAAGUCUGGCAGUGGGUUUGGGGAGAGUUACAGCCUGGCAAACCCAUCGAUCCGGGCCGGCGAGGAUAUUCCACAGCCCACGAUUUUUAAUGGCAAAUUGAAGGGUUAUCAGCUGAAAGGCAUGAAUUGGUUGGCCAAUCUCUAUGAACAGGGUAUUAAUGGCAUUCUUGCUGAUGAAAUGGGCCUUGGUAAAACAGUACAGAGCAUUGCCCUCCUGGCCCAUCUGGCUGAGAGAGAGAACAUUUGGGGACCUUUCUUAAUAAUUUCACCCGCUUCUACACUUAACAAUUGGCACCAAGAGUUUACUAGAUUUGUUCCUAAAUUUAAGGUGCUUCCAUAUUGGGGAAAUCCUCACGAUAGAAAAGUCAUCAGGAGGUUCUGGAGCCAGAAGACCCUCUACACUCAGGAUGCCCCCUUCCACGUGGUUAUCACCAGCUACCAGCUGGUAGUGCAGGAUGUAAAGUAUUUCCAGCGGGUCAAGUGGCAGUACAUGGUCCUGGAUGAGGCCCAGGCACUCAAGAGCAGUUCCAGUGUUCGUUGGAAGAUCCUCUUGCAGUUCCAGUGUCGGAAUCGGCUUCUGCUAACUGGGACGCCCAUUCAGAACACCAUGGCGGAGCUCUGGGCUCUGUUACAUUUCAUUAUGCCAACAUUGUUCGAUUCACAUGAGGAAUUUAAUGAAUGGUUUUCCAAGGACAUUGAGAGCCACGCCGAAAACAAAUCUGCCAUUGACGAGAAUCAGCUCUCCCGCCUGCAUAUGAUCCUGAAGCCGUUUAUGCUAAGGAGAAUCAAGAAAGAUGUGGAAAAUGAGCUGUCUGACAAGAUUGAGAUUCUAAUGUACUGCCAACUGACCAGCCGACAAAAGCUGCUCUAUCAGGCACUGAAGAACAAAAUCUCCAUUGAGGAUUUACUGCAGUCUUCUAUGGGCUCUGCCCAGCAAGCACAGAACACCACCAGCAGCCUCAUGAACCUGGUCAUGCAGUUCAGGAAGGUAUGUAAUCACCCAGAGUUAUUUGAACGGCAAGAAACAUGGUCUCCAUUUCAUAUUUCCUUAAAGCCAUACCACAUUUCAAAGUUUAUGUACCGUCAUGGACAGAUCAGGGUCUUCAACCAUUCACGAGACAGGUGGUUAAGGGUUCUUCUUUCUCCAUUUGCACCAGACUAUAUCCAGCAGUCUCUCUUUCACAGAAAAGGUGUUAACGAAGAAAGCUGUUUCUCUUUCCUUCGAUUUAUUGAUGUAUCUCCAGCAGAAAUGGCAAACCUCAUGCUUCAGGGACUUUUGGCCAGAUGGUUAGCUCUUUUCCUGUCUCUGAAAGCCUCCUACAGGCUCCAUCAACUGCGCUCCUGGGGAGAGCCAGAAGGGGAGAGCCAGCAGAGAUAUCUGAGAAACAAGGAUUUCCUUCUUGGGGUUAAUUUUCCACUCUCCUUUCCCAACCUUUGCAGCUGCCCUUUGUUAAAGUCCCUUGUUUUCAGCAGCCACUGUACGGCAGUGAGUGGCUACUCAGACCAGGUCAUCCACCAGCGGAGAGCUGCCGCCUCGCUUCGUUGCUGCCUGCUCACUGAGCUGCCGUCUUUUUUGUGUGUGGCCAGCCCACGGGUCACCGCGGUGCCGUUGGAUUCUUACUGCAAUGACCGAAGUGCGGAGUACGAGCGGCGCGUGCUGAAGGAAGGAGGGAGUCUGGCAGCCAGGCAGUGUUUGUUGAAUGGGGCCCCUGAACUGGCUGCAGACUGGCUAAAUCGGCGCUCCCAGUUCUUCCCAGAGCCAGCCGGAGGACUGUGGAGCAUCAGGCCUCAGAACGGCUGGUCUUUCAUCAGGAUUCCAGGCAAGGAGAGCCUCAUCACUGACAGUGGAAAGCUGUAUGCCCUUGAUGUCCUGCUGACUCGGCUCAAGUCUCAAGGACAUAGGGUCCUUAUCUACUCCCAGAUGACCAGGAUGAUAGACCUGCUGGAGGAAUAUAUGGUUUACAGGAAGCAUACCUACAUGAGGCUUGAUGGCUCCUCCAAGAUCUCGGAGAGGCGGGACAUGGUUGCUGAUUUUCAGAACAGGAAUGACAUCUUUGUGUUCCUGUUGAGCACACGAGCUGGAGGACUGGGUAUCAAUCUCACUGCAGCAGAUACAGUGAUUUUCUAUGAUAGCGACUGGAACCCCACUGUGGACCAGCAGGCCAUGGACAGGGCCCAUCGCUUGGGGCAGACAAAGCAGGUUACUGUGUACCGGCUCAUCUGCAAAGGCACUAUUGAAGAACGCAUUCUUCAGAGAGCCAAGGAGAAGAGUGAGAUUCAGCGGAUGGUGAUUUCAGGUGGGAACUUCAAACCAGACACCUUGAAACCCAAAGAGGUGGUUAGUCUUCUUCUAGAUGAUGAAGAGUUGGAGAAGAAAUUGAGACUGCGACAGGAAGAGAAACGGCAGCAAGAGGAAACCAACCGAGUGAAGGAGCGCAAGCGCAAGCGGGAGAAGUACGCAGAGAAGAAGAAAAAGGAAGAUGAAUUGGAUGGCAAAAGGCGAAAGGAGGGUGUGAACCUGGUGAUCCCAUUUGUUCCCUCGGCUGAUAACUCCAACCUCUCUGCUGACGGGGACGACUCCUUCAUUAGUGUGGACUCAGCCAUGCCCAGCCCCUUCAGUGAGAUCUCCAUCAGCAGUGAGCUGCACACGGGCUCCAUUCCCCCGGAUGAGAGCAGCAGUGACAUGCUGGUCAUCGUGGACGACCCGGCCUCCUCAGCCCCUCAGUCCCGAGCCACCAACUCGCCCGCUUCCAUGACAGGCUCCGUCUCAGACACGGUGAAUGGACUUUCCGUUCAGGAAAUGCCAGCUGCCGGACGCGGUCACUCAGCUCGAAGCCGAGGCCGCCCCAAAGGUUCAGGAAGCACAGCCAAAGGAGCAGGGAAAGGCCGGAGCCGCAAGUCCACAGCUGGCAGCGCUGCCGCCAUGGCAGGAGCCAAAGCAGGGGCCGCGGCCGCCUCAGCAGCCGCCUAUGCUGCAUACGGGUACAACGUGUCAAAAGGAAUCUCUGCCAGCAGUCCUCUGCAGACGUCCCUUGUUCGGCCUGCUGGCCUUGCCGAAUUUGGACCUUCAAGCGCCUCUUCUCCCUUGAGCUCUCCUUUGAGCAAAGGAAAUAAUGUUCCUGGGACUCCCAAGAGCCUCCACAUGACCAGCAGUUUAACCACAGAUUCCCUGGUCCGGAAACAGGGCAAAGGCUCCAACCCCUCUGGGGGACGGUAACCACCUGGGCCCUCAGCUUCCUUCAGCCAAACCAGGGACGAGAGUCCUUGCCAGCGAGCGGUGUUUGGAUAGCUUGCCCAGUGCAGCGUGUUACACCCCAGGACAGAGGGCAGAGCAAGGGGAGGACAGGCAGGUGGUUGGUAUGAGCACUUCUAUCACCUGUGUCCCAAAGGGGAGCUCUGGGGUCGCCUAAAGGAAGAAGGCCCGGGGUCAGGGAUGAGCCCCACCACACCUCAGAUGAACUUGCUAGCCAAGUCUUAACACCUCUUACCAGGGAAGGGCCUGAGGUCUCACCCCUUUAGAUGCUCAGGCACACUGUCUCCAUCCCCACUCCACUCUUCGGCGCUGGCCGUGUCCUGUGCAAAGGCUCUGCGUGCUGUGAAGAAUGUUCCAUGGUGGAGGCUUCUCCUAAGGUUGUGAUUUCCUGUAGAACUAGGGAAGAAGUCACGUACUGGCAUCCUCGGUCUUUGGGGAGCUCUUCAGGUCUCCAAACCCCAUUUGCCAGGGUGUUGUCAUUGAAGAGAGCAGUGAGUGUGAGAGGCGGUGGCUGUCAGAAUGACAGAAGGCUGGAGGAAGGGCACCGGUAGGCAGUUGUUUUCCCAGCCUCUCCUCCCCAGUCCUGCAUGGUUCACGCCAGAGAACCUUCAGGUCCCACCAGCAACUAUAGCAGCAGCUUCCACCCAAGGGGCUCCCAGAAGCCAGUCCAGAGACCAGGAACCCCCUCAGUCAGCAGGACGUUCUCACUGCCCCUCUCGCAGACUCCUCUUUGCUCUUCCUGAAUGCACAGUCCCCACCCCUGGCCCUCAGCCCCCUGCUUGGCUGAAUGCACUGUCUGUAUUGCACUGAGAAAGGCAGGGACAGGAGGAGCGAGGGCACGCUCGGCCUGACCCACUUGGCCAGGCCCGCUCGCCUGAGCUUGCCGCCCUCCGAGAGAGGCAGAAGGGUGGUGUUUCCGCCUGCCCCCAGCCUGAUGUGUCCCUGGUGGAGCAGGUGCUUCUGGGAGGGCCAGCCUCUAAUUUGCACACCUGAAAAUCGCGGAAUUGAGUUUAGAUAGAUUGAUUUUUGAAACUUUUUUGGAGUAGGGAAUGUAGGGGAAUCGUUUAAUUUAAAUCAUUAAGAUUCCCCUGCCCGAACCCAGACUCCUGUGUACAGAUGCUAUUUAGAGGGAAUCAGAAAAAUGCCAAGCCUUUUUUCUCUUUGAAUGUGCUGUCUAUUUUUAUAACUGAACUUGUACAUAUGUAUAAAGAGAGACACAUCUUUCUUUUACUAACUGGAGAAAAAAUCUUAAAUAAAAUGGAGUGAGAUAAUUUUAUGUACAUUGGAAUGUCUGUGGUCUUUGCAGCUGCAUCAUGGGAGCCGAGCGGGACUUCUCAGGGCAGGCGUCAGGAGAGAAGGAGGGCUGAACCCAGGCUUGCUCCUGUGGCCAGAGAGGACAGGUGGUCAG